AUGCCUUCCUACCAAGAAGACGACCUCCAGUCAAUAGGCCCCGCGCCCUCCUACACCUCCCGCACAUCCACCCUCCGCCGCCGCCUCAAGAACCCCUUCCACCGCUCCUCCUCCUACCCAAAACCUCCCGGCCGCGGCGUCUCCCACCACGUCCACCGCGUCACCACAACCCUCGGCCACCCCAUCAACCGCGCCGCCCACCUCCUCGGCGCCGAGGGCUUCAUGCCCUCCACCAUGCCCAACGAGUGCGCCAAAACCGCCCGCAUCCUGCACGCCUUCACCGACGACCCCUCCCCGCCCCCGUCCGCCCGCGGCGGCCAGCCCCUCCACCCCCUCGGCCUCUCCACAAAGUCCCUCGUCUCCAUCCCCCCCAAGAUCCUCGCCUCCUGCGCCGGCCUCGCCAUCUUCAACACCCUCCGCGCCGGCGCCUACAUGGGCUCCCUCUCCGCCGGCUCCGGCCUCGUCGUCGCCCGCCGCCCCGACGGUUCCUGGUCCCCGCCCUCCUCCUUCGUCAUCUCCACCCUCGGCGCGGGCUUCAUGAUCGGCCUCGACAUCUACGACUGCGUCCUCGUCCUCUCCACCGCAGCCCAGGUCGCAGCCUUCACCCACCCGCGCGUCUCCCUCGGCGCAGAGUCCUCCGUCGCCAUCGGGCCCCUCGGCACCGGCGGCGCCGUCGAGGCUGCCCUCUCCAAGACCUCGCGGCCCAUGUUCUCCUACAUCAAGUCCCGCGGCUUCUGGGCCGGCGUGCAGGUCGAGGGGACCAUCAUCCUCGCGCGGCAGGACUGCAACGCCGUCGCGUACCAGGACCGCCGCACCUCCGCGAAGAAGAUCCUCGCCUGCCAGGCCGAGUGGCCCGAGGGCUCGCAGCCGCUGUGGCACGCGCUGAUGGCCAUGGACGGGUACUACUCUGCCGUGAUGGACGCGGACAUCGCGCGGGAGGUGGCGCUGCUGGGUCCGCCUGGCGACGGGGAGGUGCCGCAGGGGUAUGCGAGCCCGCCGCCCGACGUGGAGGACGACACGCCCGCGCCGGCGUACUCGCCGUCCGUGGCGUCGGCGUGGCGGUACGGGAGCGAGGAGGGCGUGACGGAGGCGCCGCUGCCGCCGCUACCACAGCUGCCACCACCGCCGCCGCCACCGCCGGUGCCGGUGCCGGUGCCAGUGUACGACAAAGACAGGUUGCGAAGGCUGGUGCAAUGA